AUGGGAGUAGGUGUCAGGUUGAAUUGUUUUUCAAUCUUACCGAAAUUUGUAUUAGCCAAAUCUUCCAUUUACAAAUAUGCGACAGCAGUCCCUCAUGGAACUAGAUUUUAUAGUGUCAGUCGACCAUGUUUUUCAGAAUCGUCAGCUGUACGAAACAUAGGCAUUAUUGCCCAUAUCGAUGCUGGUAAAACGACUACAACUGAGCGGAUGCUCUAUUAUUCGGGAUUGACGUCCCACAUUGGAGACGUGGACCAGGGAGAUACGGUAACUGAUUAUCUUCAAGCCGAACGUGAACGGGGUAUUACAAUUACAUCUGCAGCUGUGACUCUGGACUGGUCCGGCCACAAAAUAAAUCUCAUCGAUACACCAGGACAUGCUGACUUCACCUUUGAAGUUAUUAGAUCAAUUCGGGUUUUAGAUGGAGCUGUCACUGUAUUAGAUGGUGUUGCCGGUGUUGAAGCUCAAACCGAAAAAGUUUGGCGUCAGGCGAGCGACAGAGGAAUUCCAAAGAUCGUAUUUAUAAACAAAAUGGACCGUCCUGGUGCUGGAUUUGGCAGAACGGUCCGUGAGGUGGUUGCCAAGCUGAAUACAAGAGUUGGUAUUACCAACUUCCCUUACUUUGGUCAAAUGGAUGCUGGUCAUGAGGGUCGAUUUCAAGGAGUAGUUGAUGUUGUUGAUAAAAGACUUAUUCUAUGGGAUGAAGGAUCGGAUGGAAAGUCUGUAAAAGUGUCAGAAUUAGAAGAUGGUUCUGAACUCAGCCAAGAAUGCGAACGGAUUAGAACAAGUCUUAUAGAGACACUCUGUGAGUGUGAAGGUAAUGACGACCUUGUCGAGGAAGUUUUGGAGAUAUCUGACUAUAUGGCAGUUCCACCUUCUUCUAUUAGAAAGGCUCUACGAAACAGUACUCUCAGAGAAGAUAUAAGUCCGGUUCUAUGUGGUGCUAGUUUCCGAAACAUUGGUGUUCAACCGCUAAUGGAGGCAGUCGUGAAUUAUUUGCCUUCUCCCGAAGAGAGAAAAGCUCCGGAUGCCAUUAGUAAGGUUCCUGUGAGUAAGGGAAAACAUGCAGCACAAUCAAUAAAAUCGGAAAAUGUUACCUUGAAUGUGAAUGAUCCUAAGCUUACAUGUGCGCUAGCAUUCAAAGUCGUCAAUGACCCAAUCAGAGGUAUUUUGGUUUAUGUCAGAGUAUAUUCUGGAACAUUGCAGACUGGAAGCGUGAUUUUAAAUACCACAAAUGGCAAGAAAGAACGGGUCUCGAAAUUGUUGCAGAUGCAAGCGGACAUGCCACUAGAUAUAUCUAAAAUUGAAAAGGGAAAUAUUGGUGUUAUUGUUGGCUCGAAAGAAAUACGUACUGGAGACACCUUAGUAGCUCAUGGACUAAAAAAGGAUGGUAUAACCACAUUAUUGAAACGGGACCUUGGUUUGCAUCUCCAUCCUAUUGAUGUGCCGCCACCAGUUUUUUUUGCAUCGAUUACACCCAAAAGCAUUUCUGAUACCAGGAAUAUGGAAGAGGCGCUGGACAUUUUGCUUCGUGAAGAUCCUAGCCUGCGAUUGAGCUAUGAUGAUGAUUCUGGUCAGACCCUGUUGUCGGGUAUGGGUGAGCUUCAUUUAGAGAUUGCCAGGGAUAGGUUGAUCAAUGACUUGAAGGCAAAAGUCAAAAUAGGACCCAUUAUGAUUUCUUAUAAAGAAUCGAUUCAGGCAAGUUCGAAAAUUAUCGAGAAGAGCUACUCGGAAGGAGGCAACGAAGAUAUGUCUGUCAAAGUGGGUUUAAUGGUAGAACCUGUUUACGAAGAUAUUGAACUAGGUGAUCUCGCCGAGAAAAUCGAUCCACAUGACAAUCACUACGUUAUCUUCCCUUCUUAUACCAAUCAUCCACAUUUAUCGCAAGAAGAGAUCUACGAGGCUAUUAAGAUUGGAAUUAUUCCUGCUUUAGCGACUGGAGGUAAGUUGGCUAGGCUGCCCUUACAUUCCAUAAGCGUCAAGAUUACAAAUCUUGAAAUACCUGAAGAUUGUACCAGUACAGCCAGUAUUUCAUCUGCUGUUCGCUUGGCUUCUCAGGAAGCUUUACGUGGGUUUAUUAAAUCCGAUUAUGUUAUUAUGGAACCAAAAAUGGAUGUUCGAGUGGUGGUUAACGAAGAGGAUAUUGGUAACGUUGUCAAUGAUAUUUCAAGUACUCGACGUGGACAUGUAAUUUCUCUUAACGAAGACGAUGCCGAGAACUCAUCUGAUCAGACCAGCAUAUCUAAUCACUUCAAAGAGCUGGCAGCCUCUGUUUAUGUUCCACCCGAUUAUACGAUGUACAUGUCCAAGCAUGGUGAUCGAGCAACCUCGCAACAAAGUCUAAUCAAGGCAAAAAUCCCUUUGAGGAAAAUGGUUGGAUAUCUCACUUCUUUAAGGAGUAUGACUCAGGGCCGAGCCACUUUUUUGAUGAGCUUCGACAAAUAUGAGAUCGCUCCACCAGACGCUAUUGACGAAAUUGUUGACAGUCUAUAG